UGGGAUGAUGAUGGUCAUCCUCGCAAUUCAAUAAUACACAAAUAAGCUCGCCUUCCUAUAUCAACUUCCAACAGACUCUGCAGCAAGUGGUCGUAGAGAUAUGGACCGCCUGACGAUCUCUGAGGUGAAUCUGGCGCGGACUGGAGCUCAACCGUCCUUGGCUUUAAAACCCUUGAGCUACAAACAAUACGAUGCGUUCAAGUCGCCGCACUCUCUCAAAUACAACCCAUCAAAACUCUCAUUGAAACACCUUAGCGUCGAGAGCCAACAAUUUUCGGGGGCGUCCUUGAAGAAGCUUGCUACACCAAGUCCAUCAUGCCCGGCUAUUCAGCUCUGUACUGGUCGUCCGAACGCGGAUCAUUUUCCAUGGAAGAGCUUUCAAAGCGGACCCGAAACUGUGACGAAAUCUAUGGAGACUCCUCGUAAUGAUUCGGAAUCCAAUGGACCUUACGAACUGACCAGCAUGCUCGACUACGGACACGCUGCUGGGUCACCACAACUACUUCGCUUUAUCACGGAACAUGUGGAGCUGGUGCAUAACCCGCCGUAUGCUGAUUGGGGGACCUGCCUGUCAUCGGGCUCAACGUCUGCACUGGACAUAUCUCUCCGAAUUUUCUGCAACAGAGGGGAUAAUGUGAUAUGUGAACAAUUCACUUAUGCCGGAUUCCUCGAAGUCGCAGACCUCUUCGGCUUGAAGACCAGAGGCAUAGACAUGGACAACGAUGGCAUACGUCCAGUGGCGCUGAGGACUCUUCUCAAAUCAUGGAAUUGGGUCGAUGGUGACAGGCCGCAUGUGCUCUACAUGAUUCCCUCUGGACAAAACCCGACAGGUGUAUCUCAGCCAGCUGAGAGAAAGGCUGAGAUCUACACUAUCGCCGAGGAAUACGAUAUGAUCAUCAUCGAAGAUGACCCAUACUAUUUCCUAAAUUUGGACACUGGCAACGUCGGUAGCUCCCCUCGGCCUGAAAGCCUCAACAACCUGACACCCUCAUAUGUCUCUUUAGACACAUCUGGUCGCGUUGUAAGACUAGACUCGGUAUCGAAGAUCUUGGCACCAGGCCUAAGGGCAGGCUGGGUCACAGCUAAUGAUAGUAUCAUUUCGAAAUUCCUCUCCUACCAUGAAGUUUCAAGUGCAUUUGUCAGUGGUCCAUCACAGCUGAUGCUCAUUGAGCUUCUCGAUGAAACCUGGGGACAUGAGGGCUUCUUCAAUUGGUUGCAAUCGCUAUCUAAGAAAUAUCGACAACGACGAGAUAUCAUGAUUGAAGCGUGUAAGGCGCACUUGCCCAAAAGUCUUUGCAAUUGGUCUAUACCUUCUAGUGGUAUAUAUAUAUGGGUACAGAUUAACACUGAGGAGCGAGCCAAUUAUUCUUCGGUAGUGUCGACCUUAGAUACUGAGAGUGAAGACUCUAGGUUAUGUAUUGAGAACAGGAUACAGGCAAACGCUUUCGAGAAAGGGGUACAAGUUACAAAUGGGUCUAUGUUUGAAGCAAACACCUACGGAAAUCAAGGCUUGAACUUCAGGCUCACCUUUGCUACCGCAGAUGAAGCAUUGCUGUACACCGGCGUCCGACUAUUCGCGGAAGCUAUCAAAGAGGAAUUCAACGAAGUAUCACAUUCUGCAGUACCAUAGGCAUGUACUGUAAAUUGUCAAAUAAGAAGAACUAUUUCACACAUUCCUGAUGUGUUCCAC